AUGGAGGAUCCCAACACGACCAUUAAACAGGAGUCUUCGGACGAACAGUGCCCUUCAGGAGAAGAGCAUCCCUUAGUUGGCAAGCCGCAUGAGUGCCCGGAGUGCGGCAAAGAGUUUUCUCUGGCCAGCUACAUGAGAGUUCACCUGCGGACUGUCCACUCCAAAGAUCGACAACGCAAGCGGUCUGUCACAAGUGUGGAACAAAGGGAAGAAGUGAAGGAAUGA